UUCGUGUGUGUUCUCGAGCGAGAGAUUAGAAUCUCGAAUGUUCCAACUCAAAAGAAACAAUCUUGUUCAUCUUUUUCAGAGUCUUUUUAGCAAACUUAAGAAACAAGUACUGUUGAGUUCUUGUGAAAUUAUGCCUUAAUGCUCUACAAAAGAUUUUGCUUUCCUUCCUCUCCAGCUUCUUCAUCAAACCAUUCCUUUCUUCAUAAGCUUCAUAACCAAAAACACUUCCCACAAAGUGAAACAGAGCUCAUAACUCUUUCAUCUUUAUAUUUUUUAUGUCUUCCAAAAUGGAACUUCCUUGCUUCUGCUUGCAGUUUGCAGAAGAAAUGGAAGGAUUAUGAAGCAACUGUUGGUGGUGAAGGAUCUUCUAGUUCAUCAUUUGUGAGGUUGAUACUCAAAACCGUAUAUAAGCUACUCGAAAACCAUUGCAAACAGCCUCGAUUCGACUAUCUUUAACCAUUGAUAUCUAUCUCUACACAUCCUGUUAAAGAGCCGAAGGCAAGGAUUGUGGAAUCGACCGAAGCAGCAAACAAUGCAGCGGCCUCGAAUAUUAGUACAGCGACGACCACACGGUGCUGCAUCUUCAAUCAACAGAAGCAUUCCAUCACAAGCUAAUCACAGCAACCAAGAUGAGUAUGAGAUCAGGGACACUGAUUCUCAACUCGACGAGCAAUGGCCGAACGACAGAGCGUAUGGUGGACGAGGUUGGCUGAGUAGUGAACGACAUGCGAGCACUUACGACCUUGUUAACCAAAUGUUCUAUCUCUAUGUUCGAGUUACGAAAGCAAGGGAUUUACCUCCAAGUUCCAUCACUGGAGGCUGUGAUCCUUAUGUGGAAGUGAAGCUUGGAAACUAUAAAGGAAGAACAAGGCAUUUUGACAAGAAACAAAAUCCAGAAUGGAAUCAAGUUUUUGCUUUCUCAAAAGAACGCAUACAGUCCUCUGCACUUGAAGUUUUUGUCAAGGACAAAGAAAUGUUAGGAAGAGAUGAGUAUCUCGGCCGUGUCGUGUUCGACUUGAACGAGGUUCCUACUCGGGUUCCUCCGGAUAGUCCAUUGGCUCCUCAAUGGUACCGAUUGGAGGACCGACGAGGAACCGGCAAGGUAAGAGGAGAAAUCAUGGUUGCUGUUUGGAUGGGAACACAAGCUGAUGAAGCUUUCCCAGAGGCAUGGCAUUCUGAUGCAGCCUCAGUGUUUGGGGAAGGUGUUCAUAAUGUAAGAUCAAAGGUUUAUGUCUCUCCAAAACUAUGGUAUCUAAGGCUAAAUGUUAUUGAAGCUCAAGAUGUUAUCCCAAAUGACAGAAACCGUGUUCCCGAUGCGUUCGUCAAAGUUCAACUCGGAAAUCAGCUACUUAGAACAAAGAUCAGCUCAACAAGCACUAAUAAUCCAUUUUGGAAUGAAGAUUUGGUGUUUGUGGUAGCUGAGCCCUUUGAAGAACAGCUGCUAAUCACUAUUGAGGACAGAGUACACCCUUCAAAAGAAGAUGUUUUGGGGCAGAUCAGUCUCGCUCUCGACACGUUCGAGAAACGGCUCGAUCAUAGGCCAGUUCAUUCGCGUUGGUUCAACCUUGAGCGGUACGGGUUCGGUGUUUUAGAAGCGGAUAGGCGAAAGGAGCUCAAGUUUUCAAGCAGGGUUCACUUGAGAGGUUCUCUUGAAGGUGGAUAUCAUGUGCUUGAUGAGUCCACACUAUAUAUCAGUGAUCAAAGACCAACUGCAAAACAGCUAUGGAAACAACCAGUGGGAAUACUUGAAGUUGGGAUUUUGAAUGCUCAAGGAUUGCUUCCUAUGAAGAUGAAGGAUGGGAGAGGAAGAACAGAUGCUUAUUGUAUUGCUAAGUAUGGUCAAAAGUGGGUUCGAACUCGAACGAUUCUCGACACGUUUAGUCCGAAAUGGAAUGAGCAAUACACAUGGGAAGUUUAUGAUCCAUGUACUGUGAUCACUUUUGGAGUUUUUGAUAACUCCCAUUUAGGUGGUGGUGAAAAACACAAUGGCAGCAAUGGUGCAAGAGAUUCGAGGAUUGGAAAGGUUCGUAUUCGAUUAUCGACGUUGGAAGCUCACAAAAUCUAUACUCAUUCUUAUCCCCUUUUGGUUCUGCACCCCAAUGGAGUACAGAAGAUGGGUGAGCUGCAACUUUCAGUUCGUUUCACCACCUUAUCUUUGGCAAACAUGAUAUACAUCUAUGGAAAUCCAUUGCUCCCAAAGAUGCAUUAUAUUCAGCCUUUCACAGUGAACCAAAUAGAGAAUUUAAGGUACCAAGCUAUGAACAUAGUAGCAACGAGGCUCGGUAGAGCUGAACCGCCUCUAAGAAAAGAAGUCAUCGAGUAUAUGUUAGACGUUGAUUCGCACCUAUGGAGUAUGAGAAGAAGCAAAGCUAACUUCUUUCGAAUCAUGUCGUUACUUUCGGGAAUGAUUUCGGUUACUCGAUGGUUUCGUGAAGUUUGUAAUUGGAGGAACCCUGUCACAUCUGUGCUCGUGCACGUUUUGUUCCUUAUCUUGAUUUGGUAUCCAGAACUAAUACUUCCUACUAUUUUUCUAUACAUGUUCCUCAUUGGUAUAUGGAACUACAGGUUUAGGCCAAGACACCCAUCUCACAUGGAUACCAAGCUCUCCUGGGCUGACGCAGUGAGUCCAGAUGAGCUCGACGAAGAAUUCGACACGUUUCCGAGUUCUAAACCGAAUGACUUGGUUCGACUAAGGUAUGACAGAUUAAGAAGUGUUGCAGGUAGGAUUCAGACGAUUGUGGGGGACAUAGCAACACAAGGAGAAAGGGUUCAAUCUUUACUCAGCUGGAGGGACCCUAGAGCCACCAGCCUUUUCAUAGUGUUCUGUCUUGGCGUUGCUGCUGUGCUAUAUGCUACUCCUUUCAGAGUGGUGGCUUUGGUUGGAGGUUUAUAUUAUUUGAGACAUCCAAAGUUCCGCAGCAAGCUACCUUCAAUUCCUGGCAAUUUUUUCAAGAGAUUGCCUCCUCAAAUAGAUAGCUUGUUAUGAGUUAUGAUGUUAACUGUGUCAACAUUUAAGUCAUAUGUAUUGUACUUUGAAGCUUUUAUUGUCAUUGUCAUAACAAUAGGGUACAAAAUCCAUGGCCAUGCUUGCUUUUGUAAGAGUUUCUUUUG